GGGCACCGGCAAAAACCCGCGCGAACUCGCGUACAAUCCAGCAAAGAUCACACGCACCUACCCGCUGUUGGGCUCUUGAGGACGAGGCGCGCUCGCGGCGGCUUUUGGCUACUCGGGGGAUCGAUCGGCACCGGCUGAUGAUGGCUUCGUCGUCGAGGCGGCUGCUCGCGGUCGUCCUCGCCGUGCUCGCGGUCGUUUUCCUCGCGUGCGCGGGCGUCGCCGGAGCGGCGAGGCCGGCGCCGGCAGCGAUGGGCGGAGGGGAGGAGGCCGCGGCGGCGGCGUACCUGGUGGUGGACCCGGCGGCGGCGGUGGUGGAGAAGGCGAGGGAGACGGUGGAGAUGCUCAUGGCGAGGCUGCCGGCGGGGCCCAGCCCCAGGGGGCCCGGCCACUAGCGCGGAUACGGUCGUACCCGGGUGGAUUACAAUUGCAAGCAGGACGUGUAUACAGAUCGAGGCCACGCGAGAGCGUGGCAUACACAUAGGUUGAUGAUGGUAUGCGAAACUGUAUACUCUGCCAAGGCACGCACUUGGUGGUGUCUUGGUUACAAGAUUCUUUCAUACACUUCUUUCUUUUAAUUUUCUUGGUUAUUACUAGCAUUGCAUUAGGCUUUGCAGAAGAGUGCCCAUUUCUGUACCACACAACUACUGUUCCAAUGAGAUUAUAAAUUCAACGUGGAAUUGUUACAAG